AUGCAGAGCUGGCGCGGCCUCGUGGCGUGGCGCCACCGCGUGCUGCAAAAACGACUCAAGCGCGACCCGCUCCGCGCGACCGAGAAUGAGGAAGACUGGCUCUUCCUGUUGGAGCAUCGACUGCUGCUCCAUGCACUCGUGCUCUCGACAGACACGAACGCGUGCAGCGACCGGCGGCGGCGAUGGAUGCAAGAGCUCCUGGACGCGGGCGACGCAAACGCCCAAGGUCUCGACCGCCAGGAACGAACGCUCCUGCACCACGCCGUGCUGCAAAACUGGGGCAUUGACGACAUUGCGUGGGUCGUAAAGUUGUUUCCGGGCGCGGCGGAAGACUGCGACGGGUUUGCGCCCAUCACGUACGCCACGUUGCGCGGGUGCUGCGACGAGGUCAUUCUCCAAAUGGCCAUCGCCGUGGCCAAAGCCGUGUACGCCGACGCCUCGCAGAGCUUUGACGACGGCAACUACGAAGGCUGCAAGCGGCUCCUCGCGACGGCGACCAAAGAAACGCUAUCGGCCGUGCCACACUUUGACUAUGCCCACGUGCAGGCGGCGCUGGCCCUCGAUGCCAAGGCGGCGAGCACCGAGCUCCUCGAAUACUGGGCCGCGUUCAUUGCGCUCUGGGGCUACUUUGACCCACCGGAAAUCAUCGAAGACUUGACGCCCAAGCGACGCGUGGCCCUCGGGUCGCACGUGGCGCUGACGGUCGCGGCCAAGGGCGAGCCGCUCUCGUACCAAUGGUAUUGCGGCGACGAUGUGCUAUCGGGCUGCACGAGCGCGACGCUCGACGUCACCGACAGCGCGGCACCCGAAGACGAAGGGCAGUACUGGUGCCGCAUCACCAACUGGCGCGGCGGUGUCUGCUCGGCCAUGCUGACGCUGCUCGUGCACGAUGACACGGUGGUUGUCGACCCGAGCACGCGCUAUUACAUUCCAAAAGACCAGCGGCGCGGCGCGUGCUUUAACGUGCUCGGCAACACGGGCGCGGUCCUUGAGCAUGGCGGUGUCCAGCUUCUCGUGCCGCCAGGAAGCUUCCGCGUCGUCGAUAUGUACGACACCGACUUGGCGAGUACGCGCGGCAUGGACGUGUGCAUGCACGUGACAACGACAGCGCCCGAUGUCGUGCAACCAUCGCCCGACGAAGACUUCGGGCACUGCGUCCGACCGAGCUCGACGCGUUCCUGA